CUGACAGCCAUGGCGCUUUUUUACACUCGUUGUCUUCAGGAUUUACCCCGUAUAACAGUAAACGACAUACACCGACUCAUAAGCAAAUCAUGUGCCGCUCCCAACAGCAAGAGAGAAAAAGGAUUUAAGAUGUACAUAAGCAGUUACAUCGACAACUAUGAGGAUGGUGUUAAAAGACUCAAAGCCUGUCAUUUUGGUGAGCACCCACUGCUCAUGUGUGGCGGGGUGUGCCUUAUGCAACCAUUUGGUUGCACUACUGUAUCAAACAGCACACCUAUCACAACUAGGCAUCCCUGCUGUACCCCCAGUGCACAGUUGCACAGAAACUGAGCAGAGCUGGCAUAAGCCAAGGACCAUGGCCAGGUCCUGUGGGAGACAUGGAGGUCCGCAAACCUCAAAAUUCUACGGCUGUAUGUGUGAGAAGUUCUCUCUACAAAGCACUUGACGGGGAAAUGCCAGAUCUUGCCACAUUGAGAGUGGCAGAAGCAUAUAAAGACUUCCCCCAUUUGCUUGCACCUCUGGUGACCACCAUGGGCAUAUCAGCGGAAGUCCCAUUAGUUCAGUCAGCUUUUGGGGCUGUCCAGGCAGGGAGUGUGCUGGCAUUUCAGCAAAAACCACCAGAAAUGCGGGAAAUCAUCAACAUCCCAGACUCCUCUGCCCAACCUUCCCUUCCCAUCCAAGGCUAUAGGCUUGAGCCAACCACAUGCGCCUAUGUGUUGUCAGAGGAGGAACAUGUACAUAUGAAAUCGCUACAAGUGUCAUUCCACAUGGCCCACAGGAUUGAAGCUGCAACACGGGAGCAGAGCUCAUGCCAGGAAUGGCAUCGACUGAGAAAGAUGCGAGUUACAUCUACACGCUUUCACGAGGCAUGCCAUGUUCGCUGUCAUACAUCAGCUGAAAAUCUGGCACACAGAAUUUUGAGGGGGACCGUCUUGACUAAGGACAUGAGGAGAGGAAUUGACAUGGAGCCAGUUGCUGUGAAAGAGUACUGCAGUUUAAAAAAUGUCAACUAUUCACCCUGCGGGUUCAUUAUACACCCUGAUGCUCCAUGGCUGGGAUGCUCCCCUGAUGGAGUUGUGUUCGAUCCUUCUGAAAUCCCACCAUUCGGUUUGCUGGAAAUUAAAUGCCCAAACAUCAAGAGUUACGUUGACUGUCCGUACCUGAAGAUGUCGGAAGGUUCUUUGCAGCUUAGGAGGCAGCACAAGUACUAUUGGCAAGUACAAGGUCAGAUCCUCCUAACAGGUUUAGAGUGGUGUGAUUUUGUGGUAUGUGCGCAGGAGGACAUGCUUGUUGAGCGCAUACACAAAAAUCUAGAUGUAAUGAGCACCAUUAGGGACCAAGGAGAUCUGUUUUUUUUUUACCACUACCUACAGAAGUGUUUGAAUGUAUAAGUCAUUUCAGAUGUUGCUUCAUUUAAUUACAUUUAUUGUAUCAUUCUUGUAAACAAUAUGAACAUAUACACUUGUGUGUGUACACACAUACAUUCAUAUACAAU